AUGUACCAGUAUUCAAAUCAAACUGGGAACGGGGUGUAUGGGAAUCCUCCCAUGCAACCCUUGCAGAAUUAUGGUUCUAGUGGCUAUCAGCAAACGGCACCAAUGCAGCAACCGUUACAGACAGGGUAUCAACAGCCAAUGCAGCAAACAAUGAACCAGAAUCAGGGAAUGCAAUUGCCACAGCAACAAUAUCAGCAACAACAGCCCUUGCAGCAACAGCCUAUGCAGCAACAGCCUAUGCAACAGCAAUCAUUCCAACAGCCUCAAUUGCAACAACCUUUGCAACAACAACCUACUCAAACUGGUAUGCAGCAACAACCAUUGCAGCAGCAACUUACUCAAUCUGGUAUGCUGCAACAACCUUUACAACCACAGAUGCAACAAUCUUCUCAAACAAUUCAACCAAAUCAACUGAAUGUUCAAAACACCGUCCAGUCUCAACAGUCCGUUCAGCCUUUGCUACCACAGCAAACAGGUUUUUAUAGGCAAGGCAACCAACCCGUAUUGGAACCUUUAAAGCCAACUGCGACUGGGUUUGUUAACUCUUUUGCUAAUAACGGUCUUGAUAAUAAUUUGAAAAUCCCUGCUAUCAGAUUAUCAUUCAUAACAGCGCAAGAUCAGGCUAAGUUUGAAACAUUGUUUAGAUCUAUUGUCACCAAAGGUUCUAAUACAGUUUCUGGUGAAAAUUGUAGAGCUAUUCUAAUGAAAUCAGGAUUGCAGCCAUCACAACUGGCUAGGAUUUGGCAACUCAGUGAUACAAAUCGUGCAGGUGAGCUGCUGUUCCCUGAAUUCGCUUUAGCUAUGCACUUAAUUAACAACGUGCUGCAAGGUGACUCAAUUCCAUAUGAACUUGAUUCCAAGACAAAGAAUGAGGUUUCCAGUUUUAUUGAUGCAAUUAACUUGAGUGUUGUUUCAACAGAGUCUGACUUUAAGACACCAUUUGAUGAUUUAUUUAAACCUCAGCAAUCCUUGCAGCCACAGGGCACAGGAUUUUUACCUCAAACCUCUUUCGGUUUGCCUGCACAACCUACAGGCGGAUUUGGACAACCACAACCAACCACUUUUGGUCAACUUCAAGCUCAAGUGACUGGCGGUUUUGGACAGCCACAGCCCACAACGUUUGGUUUACAGCCUCAAACGACAGGGGGCUUCGUGCAAGCUCAACAGGUAACAGGUGGUAUUGCUCAGCAACCUUCUAUGAAUCCAUUGACACAACAAGGUACAGGUUUUGCUCAGAAUCAACAAGGUACUGGCGGCUUCUUACAACAACAGGGUACAGGAAGUUUUAAUAAUGCUGGUUUUGUUCAACCUCAAAAUACUGGAAGUUUUGUACCGCAACAACAGCAACAACCAGUUGUUCAAUCACAGCCAAUUGCGCCACAAUCGACUGGGGGUUUUGGUCCACCAAUGCCAACUACCUUUGGUAUCCAACCUCAAAGUACUGGGGGCUUUGUGCAACCACAAGUUACUGGAGGUCUUCAACCUGCGUUAACUGGUAACAUUCCUCAAACAUCUUUUGGUGCACAACCAUUUAAUCAGCAAUUGCAACCACAAGCUACUGGGUAUCUUCCUCCUUCUCAAUUCUCUGCCACUAUGCCUUUAACUGCUCAAAAAACAGGUUUUGGAAAUAAUGAAAUUUAUGCCCAAUCUAAUUUUAAUGGUCCUUCCUUUUCUACACAGGAAUCGGAUAUUAUUACUAGUGAAGAGAAAUCAUUGUUUUACAAGAUAUUUGAAACGUUUUCUCAAAACCGUGGCGUAUUAGACUCAGCAACAGCUGUCGAAAUCUUUAGAAAGUCUGGUCUGAACAGAUCUGAUCUUGAAAAGAUUUGGAACCUAUGUGAUAUCAAUAAUACUGGACAACUAAACAAGCAAGAGUUCGCUCUUGGUAUGCAUUUGGUUUAUGGUAGACUAAAUGGUCGCAGCAUCCCUGACAGACUUCCACCCAGUCUCAUUCCCUCAAGUACUAAAAUCCUUGAUAAUGUCAAGAAUCAAUUGAUAUCUAGCUCCUCUGAUGGGAAUAGAAAAUCUUUCACCAGAAUGGAUGCCCUAAGUUACAAGAAUGAUGAUAAUGACAAAUUGCCAAAUUUCAGAAACAGAAGAAAGAAUUACCCAACAGAUAAUGAUGCUGAUAAGGAAAGACAGAGAAGACAGGAGAGAGAAAGAGAAGAAGCUGCCAAGAAGAAAGAACAAGAGAGAAAAACUAAGAUGGAUAUCGAAAGAGCCCGCAAACAAGGUAGUUUUACCAACUCAGAACCAGAGUUUACAGAUGUUUCUGUUUCUGAAAUUGAGGAUAUAAAGCGCAGAAUCACCGAAGCACAGCAAAAAUUGGCUGUAAGAAAUCAAUCAAUCCCCAACGAUCUCAAAAAACGUUUCAACGAAGUUGUUGCUAGAUUACCAACUCUGUUUGUGGAAAUUUACAAAGUUGAUACAGAAAUCAUGCAAGCUCGGAUUGAGUUAUGUAAAAGAAGAACUCCAUCUUCGAUUAUAGGUACUGGACCAGGUGGUAGUAUUACAGAGGAUGACAGAAGAAAAGCAAAGAGUAAAGCCUUGUUAAGAUCUCGCAUGAAUGCACUAACUGGUAAGGGAGACAACUCAGACGAACCUGAUAUUGAAUCUGAAUCGUUCACUAAAGAAAUUGAGAAAAUUCAAUCAGAAAGUGCUCAAAAUAAGAAGAUCAUUAAAGAUAUUAGAAUAUCAAUUUCUGAAUUAUCAGCUCCUAUUAGAUCCAUUAUGACUGGCUCACUCCCUACAUGUUCUUCUACAGAUUUCGAAAAGUGGGAAAUUGGUGUUGGCUUGGAGAACGAUGUAAGGGAAUUUGUCCUAACUUUGAAGAAAGGACUACUCUAUGUUUCUGAACCGUCCCAUAUGAACUCUAAUCAAACACUGUCUCAUCCACCAGCUGCUGCUCUAAAGAAAGAAGCCACAGGUGAAGACCGUGCUGCUCAACUGAAGGAGCAAGCUCAAAAGAGAAUGAAAGAGCGUUUAGCUAAAUUCGGUAUUAGCAGAAGAGAAACUAGGGAUCUUGAAUCCUCUAAACAACAGGAGUCAGGUUCCACUCCAGAUGCUGUACCAGCUGCCCAAACUGCUAAUGCAUCUCAAACACCAUUUGAGGAGGUUAUUUCAAGUCCACAAAAAAUGGAAGUAACUUCAACUGCUGGUGAAGACAAUGAGGAAGAGGAUGAAGAAGAGCGCAAACUGAAAGAACAAUUAGAAUUAUUAAAACAAAAGAAAAAUGCUGAAAAGGAGAAAAGACUAGCUGAUUUGCGAAGACAGAUUGAAGAAGCAGAGAAGGAAGAAGAGCACCCCAGUGUAGCACAAAGUAACAGUGGAAAUGUACAAUCUUCUUCAAAUCAACCUGCCAGUGUUCCUGUUGCUAAUAGUCAACCACAGAAUUUGCAGAACACACAUAUCACCACUAAACCUCUUUCAUUGAAUCAAACUGGUAGUAGUUAUGAUAUGGCUUCAAAUACUUAUUUUAAGCCAACUCAAACAUCACAAUCUGCAUUUGAUAGGGAGAAAGCUGAGCAGCAAAGAAAAAUCCAGAGAGGUCUUGAAAGCGAUGACGAUGGAUGGUCAGAUGAUGAUGAUGAUUUAUACAGCAAGCCAAACACUGCUCCUCAAACUGCCCCAGUACUAGAUAGCUCUAAUACACCACAACCAGGGAUGAAUGCAUCUGUUCCAGCACCUAUUGCUCCUCCGAUCCCUACCCCACAGGCAAGUUCUCCAGCAGUUCCAGUCGCGCCUCCAAUUCCUGCUGUUACUCCUUCAGAAUCUUCGAUUCCCAUGACCUCAAACGCCGAUGUAGCUGGAGCUGAUCAUUUGGAUCAAGAUACUGAUAUAUCUGGUGCAGCAGCAUCAGCAGAUAAGCAAAACACUUCUCAUGUUAGCCAUAUCCCUCCUGUUCCAGUUGCUCCACCGUUGCCUCAAGUGAGCUCAAUAGCACCACCACCUCCUCUGCCAAAUUUGUCCGUACCACAACCUCAUGAAACUGUUGAUAAUGACGAUGGUUCGGAUGUUUUGUCCAUACCAGACUCUGUUGAAUCAGAUAAGGAAGAUCUGGCACCAGCUGGUCAUACUCCUGCAGCUAUGGGAAUUCCACCUCCACCGCCUCUACCUAAUUUUUGA